UCUUAUGGAGACUCUUGUAUCCUUGCUGGUCUGAUCUUCUUGCCCAACAAGUCACCACAUUUUUACCUUCUCACUCACUCACUCUGCCUCUUCUGUGCCCCACACCGAUACACCCCCACUCCUAUAAAAAUGCUUCCUUGGAUAUGGCUGUGGAGGAGUAAUCAAACGGGCAAAGUCGAUAUCGAGUGGGAAGAGAGAAGAAAGGAGUUAAGAUCGAGUGGUCGUUGUUGGACUAGAUAGAAGUUUUAUUAAGAACAACAACAGCAAAUGGGGUCUUGUGAUGGAGAAGGGGAAGUAGUGAAGCUGUUGGGGUCGUGGGGGAGUUCAUACACGCAGAGAGUGCAGGUGGCGCUGAAGCUGAAAGGGGUGGAGUUCGAGUACGUGGAGGAAGACCUGAGCAACAAGAGCUCAUCCUUGCUGCUGCUGUACAACCCUGUGUACAAGAAGGUCCCAGUUCUGCUACACCGGCAAAACCCACUUGCCGAGUCCAUCGUAAUUCUCCAGUACAUUGACGAGACCUGGACCCAGACUUACCCCUUGAUGCCCCUCGAUCCUUACGAGAGGGCCCUUGUGCGUUUCUGGUCUCAUUUUUCCGACGACAAGCUUGGUCCAUCAGUGGGGUCGGUGUUCCAAUCAAUGGCAUCGUUAGCAACCGGCGAAGGUGAUCAAGGUGUGGUUGGAGCAGCGGUGGAGGAGAUGCGGAAGAACCUUAGGAUUGUGGAGGAGGAGAUGGAGAAGGGGUGGUUCAGAGGUAGAAGGUUCUUCGGAGGGGAUAGUGUGGGAAUGUUGGACCUCGUCAUUGGGUGUGGAUCCCACUGGAUAUGGGCGUUGGAAGAAGUUGCUGGCCUCAGCCUUGUGGAUGACACCACCUUCCCAAGGUUCCACUCUUGGCUUCGGGACUUGGAGCAGCUCCCAGAGUUUACCCAAACCAUCCCUCCCGCCGAUCAACUGCUAAAUAUGUUACGCGGCCAAACCCAAAACCCUUCUCAUUCUCCUUCUGCUUCUCCAUCUCCUUCUUCAACAACUGAUGAACAACCUCGACCAGUCAACCUCUUGAAUUAACCUCAUCGAUUAAGUUAAAAGUAGUAGAAGCAGCAGCAGCUAGCUAGCUUGAUACUUUAAUAUUCUGUCUUUUCUCUGUCUCUCUGGCGUCUCACCUUGGUUUGUAGUAAGCAGCUAUAUAUGUAGGUAAGGAGGUUUUUUAAUUAGUGACCGUGCAUGUGUUUGUGUUUUAUGUGUAUUUUGGACUAUGGUUGUGUUUAGGCUAUAUAGAUAUAUAUAUAUAUAUAUAUAUAGCUACUACUAUGGAUGGAGUUGCUUGUAUUGUCAUCAUGAUAUGUUCAAUGAAAUGGCUUUGCUGA